AUGAGCGAGAUACCAGUUGUAGAUUUCGGCGCUUUCUUACAGGGCGGAGAAAGCGAUAAGAAGAGGAUUGCCGAAGAAAUUGACGAUGCAUUCCGUGGGGUCGGAUUUGUGUAUUUGAGGAAUCAUGGUGUGAAGAAGAAGGUGGUGGAGGAAUGCUUCGCCUGGUCCAAAAAGUUUUUCGAUUUACCGCUCGAAACGAAGAUGUUGGCACCUCACCCACCGGGUGGAAGUCAUCAUCGUGGCUACUCGGCGCCGGGUGUAGAGAAGGUUAGUCAGGGAGUUUAUGAUGUCAAUGAACUGAACAAAUUGAGAGAGAUACCUGACUAUAAAGAAUCUUACGAAUCUGGUAACGUGAAAGACGAAGCACAACCAAACAUCUGGCUUCCAGAAGAAAGGCUUCCAGGCUUCCGCGCAUUCAUGGAAAGGUAUUUUACUGAAUGCGCCAGUCUGAUCCACAGCAUCUUGGAUGCUCUCUCUAUUGCCCUCAAUAUUCCUGAACCAGGUCUCUCCCCAACACAUUCAGAGUCACUCUUCCAACUCCGGCUCCUGCACUACCCCUCUAUUGACGCCGAACAGCUACGCAACAACGAACGCAGCAGGAUCAACGCCCACUCGGAUUUCGGCACUUUGACCCUGCUCUUCCAAGACAAAGUUGGAGGACUGGAGGUACAAGAUCCUGUUGAACCAGGUACUUUCCGCGCGGCGGAACCGAUCGAAGACACCGUGUUAGUCAACAUUGGAGAUCUGAUGGCGAGGUGGAGUAAUGAUCGUUGGAAGAGCAGUGUUCAUCGGGUGGGACUACCGCCAACGCUUCAGGGGGGAGGCAAGGCUGGCGAAGUAGUGGUACCAGAUCGUUAUUCGAUCCCCGUCUUUGCGACGCCGAACAUGGAUACUAUCAUUGAUGCACUACCAGGGUGCUGGGAUGAGGAAAAUCCGAAGAAAUAUGAGCCUGUCACGGCGUGGGGGUAUGUGCAAAUGCGUAUGGCUGCAUUGUACGAGUAG